AUGGAGGCCCAAUCAGAUGCAAGCUAUUGGUAUGGGUACUGUUCAGCUGUCGAGAGGUGUUCAGUAGCCACUGAGAGGCCGUGGUCAGCAUGCACUGUGUCUGAGACUUUAGGUAUAAUGGUUGAAACCACUAUGAGUGAGGUUACUGUGUUGAGUCCAUUAGGGCAGUCAGUGAAGGUAAAUAAAUUGUUCAGAGAUGUACCUUUGGAGGUUCAAGGAACCAUUUUUUUGGCAGAUUUAAUGGAACUUCCUUUUGGAGAAUUUGACUUAAUACUGGAUAUUGACUGGCUGCUUAAGCAUCAAGUGAAUUUAGAUUGUGCUACUAAAUGGGUGGUACUGAAAACUGUGGAGGGUGAUGAGGGUUGUAAGGCGUAUCUAGCCUACAUUGGUGUUUCAGAUUUUGAAGUUUCCUUAGUUAAAGAUAUCAGAAUAGUCAAAGAAUUUCUGGAUGUUUUUCCUGAUGAACUACCUGGGAUACCUCCAAACCGUGAAGUUGAAUUUGGGAUAGAGCUCCUGCCUGGUAUAGCUCCGGUGUCUAUCACCCCUUAUAGAAUAGCACCAAAGGAGCUUGUGGAGCUAAAACCUCAGAUUUAA